ACCUAAGCAGGCACAGGGAGGCGGAGUCUACAUUCGAUCCCGCCCCCCCCCAACCUAAGAACUGUGAGGCGGAUGUGAGAUUUUCACGUCUGCGGUGCACCGGCUGUUUGUCUGAACUGGGUCUGAAUAAGACACUCGCUGUGUCUGCGGGGGGAAGUGCUCAACCUUCCAGCAUGUCUUCCACCGUGUUUGCUUUCUCUUGUCGUUUACUGUGGCACAGCACCAACAUUUGCCACCGUUCGACAGUCAUGACUUCUGAUCCGCAGGGCUGCCGGUUAUUUCCAGCAUUUAGGCCACACAGCUGUGAGGGGGGGGGGGUCUGUCUCCAUUGGCAGAGGGAAGGAGGGAUAGUUUAGCAGCUCAACAUAGCAACAGCCCGGCUCAGGUCAGCGAGGACAACGCAGAAGACAGACAGAAAGCAUCUCGAGCAAUACCCGGCUACUCUUGCAUCAUGAGGAGCGUGCGGCGGUCUUCAUAGUGCGCAUGUUCCCGGCGUCUCCAUUGGCUUCCCCGCCCCCGACAUUAUUUCCCCCCACGCCGGCGCUGUUGAAUCCUGAGCGUCCUCAAUCGGAGAGCACACACGAGGAGCUUCCCACGCUGCUGUGUCCAGAGAGGGGGGGGACAACGAGAUGGAGAGAAAGAGCGAAAUCAACGGCCACGCCAUGCCCGGAUCCGCUGAGCGCCUCCGGGAGAGAGGAGCCACCAAAAGCACGCAGGAGAAGCUGCUGGAGUUUCUGAGGCGCAACCUGCUGGUGAUCAUGACGGUGUCGGGGGUGGUGGUGGGGGUCGGGCUGGGAAUGGGGGUUCGCGGCAUGAACCUGAACAGGGCGCAGAUGAGCUACUUCGCCUUCCCGGGCGAGAUGCUCCUGCGGAUGCUGAAGAUGAUAAUCCUUCCCCUGGUGGUGUGCAGCCUCGUGUCCGGCGCAGCCAGCUUGGACACCCGCUCGCUGGGCAAGCUUGGGGGCAUCGCGGUCGCCUACUUCCUGGUCACCACCCUCAUCGCCUCCGGGAUUGGCGUGGCCUUGGCGUUUAUCGUCAAACCGGGCGUGGGUGCGGGAGCCCUCAACACUAACAGCCUGGGUCUGGAGCGCGUCAGCACCAAUAAGGAGACCACCGACUCCUUUCUGGACCUGGCCAGGAAUUUAUUCCCAUCCAAUUUGGUGGCUGCCGCUUUCCGCUCCUAUUCCACCGACUACAAGAUGGUUGCUUCGGGCAAUGACACCAAUGGGACCACCAUCUAUCAAAAGGUACCCUUUGGGACGGAAAACGACGGCAUGAACAUCUUAGGUUUAGUGUUAUUCGCGAUGGUGUUCGGUGUGGCACUGAGGAAGCUUGGCGACGAGGGCGAGGAGCUCAUCCGAUUCUUCAACGCUUUCAAUGAGGCCACCAUGGUGCUGGUGUCCUGGAUCAUGUGGUAUAUCCCUUUUGGCAUUGUAUUCCUGGUGGGCAGUAAGAUUGUGGAGAUGGAGGAUGUGGUGCUCCUGGUCACAAGUCUGGGAAAAUACAUUUUUGCUUCCAUCCUGGGGCACGUAAUCCAUGGGGGCAUCGUCCUGCCGCUCAUCUACUUCGGCUUCACGCGCAAGAACCCCUUCAGUUUCCUUUCAGGCCUCAUUACGCCCUUCACGACUGCCUUCGCCACUUGUUCCAGCUCGGCGACUCUUCCCUCCAUGAUAAAGUGCGUGGAGGAGAACAACGGCGUGGACAAGCGCAUCAGCCGCUUCAUUCUCCCCAUCGGCGCCACGGUGAACAUGGACGGGGCGGCCAUAUUCCAGUGCAUAGCGGCCGUCUUCAUCGCUCAGCUCAACAACCACGAGCUCAACGCCGGGCAGAUCUUCACGAUACUGGUGACGGCCACGGCCUCCAGCGUCGGGGCUGCGGGAAUCCCAGCUGGCGGCAUCAUCACCAUUGCCAUCAUCCUGGAGGCCAUCGGGCUGCCGACCAAUGAUCUGUCUCUCAUGCUGGCUGUUGACUGGAUUGUGGAUCGCACAACCACCGUGGUCAAUGUGGAAGGCGAUGCUCUGGGUGCUGGAAUCCUCCAUCACAUCAACCAGCAGGAGAUGAAAAAGCAGCAGGAGCAGAUGGAGGAGCGAGGGGAGCUUUCUGAGGUGCGGGUGGAGACACUGGCCAACGUCCAGGCGCAGGAGGAGACCUCACCUCUUGUUGUGCACAAAACCAAAGCAUCAGAAGUUGUACCGGAAGCCGUCGAGUCAGUCCUGUGAACUCGUGCAAGUUUAUUUUAUUUUAUUUUUUAUUUUUUUGUAUUCCUUGUCAGACCUGUUGACCUUUGUACACUGUUGAUGUCGCUGCUGUUGGAACACUCAUGUGGGUUGUUGAAGAUGGUAAGGCCACGAGUUGGCACUCACAUGGGGAAAAACAAAGUUUGUGUAGCGCUUGUGAGUACACGUGGAGCUGCUAAUGUUCACCAAGUUCUAAAAAGUUUGAUUUUCACUAUGUCCCGCAGACAUUCCCAUCAAUGUGAUACUUUUUUCGUUCCUCAUGUACCUUACUUUGUUUUAUUUAGACCGUCUACAGACCUCAAGUAAGAACUUGACAACCAUUUGUCAUGUGCCAUAUUACAGUUAUACCACAGCACAUAUUUGAGAGAGGUACUUUUAACAUAUGUAAAGAAAAACGUCUCAAAGCGUGGUUUAUGUCAAAAUGAAAUGUGAACAUAAACUACGAGUGAGGGGGUUUUGCUGUUUGUGCUCUUCACAGAUGUACACAUUUGUUUGCUAACCCACAUGUCAAACAUUAACCUGUGGAACCAGUUUUUCCAUGUGAAUUCUUCACCCAGUCCUACAUUGUCCCAUUUAGGGAAGCUCAAUAUGUUGACGCAGUGAAUGAACAAACUAUUUAUCGCCAAGUAUUUUAAAUAAUCCCAAUCUCUAAUCCCAAUACUACAGUCACCACAAUAACAAAUAAUUUGACUAUAUUAUUUUCGUUAGUUUUCUGUCUUCAGUAUUUCAUUGGCGUCUGAGGCACUUUUGGUAAGAUUUCGUUGUGAAAUAAUGAAGUGUACGAUUUCUACAUGUUAAAAUUUACUUUUUUGUUUUCUACAAAGAAAAUGCUGUCUGGCGCUUUUUCUUUUUUUAAGAUGGUACAAAGGAAAUCAAGCAAUGUUUGUCAUCUACUGCCUUUAUAUUGUCUUUUGUUAGGUUUUUGCUCUGUUUGUGACUAAAAUACAAUUUCUAAAAGAAAAAAUAAUAUUAUAAAAACAACAACAAAAGACAGUUGCAUUACCCAUGAAUGUGUGAGAAUUUUUUUUUUUUGGGUCACUUUGCAAGUUAAAAUAAAAUCUAUUUUAUGUACUAAAAACCCCUGAUUGCUCUAAAACAUGUUUCAUUGCUAAAUAUGCGUAGUAUUUUCAGAUUGGCACAGUAAGGCUCCUGUUAUUUUAUUUUAUUUUUUUUUUUUAACAUGAAAAAUAGUACAUUCUGAACAGCAUAUGGGGUUGAGCGUUUUGCAUGUUUUAUUUCUUGCUUCUAUUCUUCUAUUUGUGGCUAAACGAUGAUGUUAGCCAAGGGAGCUUUACUUUUUCCAUAAAGAUUAUGAAAUCCCUUAAACUAAAUAUUCAGCAAAUGAACAUAAAACAUUCCAUUUUCAAUUUUUUUUUUCUCUCCAACAAGAGACACGAUGACACUAAAGUGAUGUCACAAUAAUCACCUGCUGCCCUCUGAUGGUGUCAAGCGGUACUAGUCCCUUGAGGACAGUUUGUCAGCUAGUUUUGCUGAGUUCCACUUGAUAUUGCUGCCGUUGAUGAUUUGGUGUGAGCGAGGACUCUCAUUUUGCUGGCAUGUUGAAGAUGCUCACUGUGAUGUCUUUAAGGUGUGUUUAAGAUUUUGAAUUUGUACGCUAUAAAAUGUGUCAAAUCAUUUCACUUGACUGUUCAGUCUUAACCACUUUUGUUUUGUGAAUUUUGUAUCUUUUUUUCCCCCUAAUAUAGCUGAUGUGGGAUACAUUCCUAUGACUGGUUAUAUGUAUUAUGAUCUACGAUACGGUACUUUGUAAAAAUGAAAUCCUGCGCUCGUGUACUUCUUCUGUUAGAAACUACAUUUACUUGUGUUUAAAUAAAUAGUGACAGAAUUUCCUCGCCUGUCCUACAGUACGAUGUGUGGCUCUCUUUUAACAUUGGAGUCAUUCUGCUGUUUGUCACUGCAAUAAAGAAGUAAAGUUAUAUUUCACUGUAACCCAAUUUGGAGCCCC